CCCUCGACUUGGUGCACUAGACGUUAGUAGGUCUGCCGAUACUACUCUUCCGCCGUCUCGACAACCCUCCUUUAUCGUUGCUCUGAUAUACACCGUUCAGGCGAAACAGAUUCUUAUGCAUCCGACUACCAUGGCAAGAUAAGAACAGACAAGCUGCGUAAUCACUUUGGUGGGAUCUUGAGUGGUUUAGGAAUCCCCUGCACAUGGCCAGAAAGAAGCGUCAGAGGAUCAGCUAUGUUCUGCCUCUGGCAAGCACACCUGGCGGACAUAGGCUUGGUGUGAACGGACUAGACUUCGACGAAGACCGCUCCAUAUUAUACACUGGCGGGCGAGAUGGCGCUGUAUGCGCCUGGGAUCUCGACCUUGAAGCGCAAAAAAAGAGCCGAGAUUCGGAUACGAGGAAAGAGAAGCAGAGCACUGUUACCUUUCGCAAGCAGGUGCAGGCACAUACACACUGGGUCAACGACAUUGUCCUGGUCAAAAACAACCUCGGGCUGGUAUCGGCGUCGUCAGAUGUGACGGUCAAGUUAUGGCGACCCCAUGGCCAUGAGACUACCCAGGCAUAUACCAUUGGGUCACAUAGCGACUAUAUAAAAUGCCUGGCCACUCCAGACAGAACGGCAAAUUGGGUUGCAUCAGGAGGCCUUGAUCAUAAGAUCUGCCUGUGGGAUCUGAACGGCGCCGGAAAGACCCUUGAAAUCAACGUCAGCCAAGCAGAAGAUGUCGUCAAGGGCUCUGUGUAUGCCCUCCGUGCUCGAGGAUCCCUGUUGGCAAGCGGAGGUCCCGAGAGUGUCGUGCGGUUAUGGGAUGUAAAGUCUGGCAAGAGUAUCACCAAGCUAGUCGGGCAUACCGACAAUGUGCGAGACAUUCUCAUCAGCGACGACGGCGAUACCCUGCUCACAGCAUCCUCUGACCAAACAAUCAAAGUCUGGUCCAUUGCAGCUGGUCGAUGCAUACACACCCUGACCAUGCACAACGACAGCGUCUGGUGUAUGUACUCCAACGACCCUAACUUGGCCGUCUUCUACUCCGGUGACAAGUCUGGACUGGUCGCAAAGACGGAUACGCGACGUGCCAUGGAGAUUGACGACAGUGUCUCAGUCGCAAUAUGUCAUGAACAUGAUGGUAUUUCCCGCCUAAUACCUGCGGGUGACUCGGUCUGGACGGCCACCUCGAGCUCCAGCGUCAACCGUUGGCUUGAUGUAGAUACUGAGCUCGAGGUUGAGACACCACCGGUUUCGCCCCGUGAAGAGCGUCGUGCUAGUUUGAAGCACCCAGCGGUAGGGACCACUGAGAAGCCGAUCACGAAUGGAGUAAGUCACGAUGCGAAGAUCCCUCAUAACGCAGUGCUGCUCGUCUCCAACACAGCUAUCCAUCCGGGAAGAAAACACCUGGGUAAUUUUGCGGAUGCUUCCGUGACAAACAUCAGAAAGGCGUCUGAAGCCAUGACCAUGGAUGAUUUGAGCGUCGUGGUGCCUAUCCGUGGGCAACCCGCCGAAACUAUCGAGGGCCAGCAUGGGCUAAUCAAGCAUGUCAUGUUGAAUGACCGGAAGAGGAUUCUUACUCUCGAUACAGCUGGGGAGGUGGUAUUAUGGGAUCUUUUAAAGUGCGUCCCGAUCAAGUCCUUCGGGCGGCGUCAUCUGGACGAAGUGGUGCCUGAAGUCAACACCACCGAAAGUGUCGCAAACUGGUGUGGUGUCGAUACCAAAACGGGCAAAAUCACAGUCAUGCUGGAAGAGAACUACUGCUUCGAUGCAGAAGUCUACGCAGACGAGCUUGAUUUGGACAAAGACUUGGUUUUCCGUGAAGAUCAGAGAAUCAACCUCGGAAAAUGGGUGCUACGAAAUCUGUUCUCUAAACUCAUCGACGAAGAAAUCAAGCGCGACGAGGCACAUAGAAGCACACUGCGAAAUCCGACCACCAGCACAGGGCUUGUCCGUCCCGGCGCCCCAACCAGCAUAGCCAUGCCGGAAUCGGCUGAAGCCACUCCUAUGGUAUCACCCGGCCAGAUUCUAACACCACGCGCCUCGAAUGGAAACGCUUUGGUCCCUCCGACGCCUAGCCUAGCAAUCGGCGCUGCGACACCGGGCUUUGCACCACUGAGCAUGACACUUCCCCCUACGGCCGAAGAAGAUAGUGAGUGGACGACGAACGGCGUCUCUUCCCCCGCUGCGCCAACACCUUCUGCCGCGACAGAGUCGCAGACCGACUACUUUUCGUCAACAAACCGGUCCGAAGCAUCGUCCGACCAUGCAAAGCUCCCCGACACGCCUGGCGGACUCGACGCGCCACUGUCUACACCGACAUCUCCCACGGAAGAGAGGAAGAAGGGGCUCUUUGGCAAAAAAUUCCCCAUGACGUUCCCGAAAAAGAUGACGCGCACGUCGGUGGAGGUUAAGACCCCCCUUGCCCCCGAGGAGAAGUCCGACACGGCGAGUUACAAGUCUUCCGAGAAAGAGGACGUGACCUCCAAGGUUAUUGAGGAUAACUUCUAUGGUGUGAUCCAGAAAAUCCGCCAUGAGUACGAGGAGCACUUGGAACACAAACCUGACGUGCCUGUGCCUGUGGGGAUCACCCCAUCUUUGCCGAUGGAGACGCCCGUGCUGCGGCCGCCGGAGCAUACCACGAUCAUCAUCCAGGAGGAUGACCCGGCUAGUGGCGGGUUGGCGGACCAGUAUAGCGGUGAGAUUGGGGAGCUGGGAAGUGCAGAGCAGGUUGACGUCCUGGAGAAGAUUGCGCCCAUGUGGCUUGGAGAGGUUUUGCUCAAGAAUCAACUCCCCUACAAGGAAACAGUCAAAGUGUCGUUCGUGCUGCAUCCUUACGACAAUCAAUUGCCCAGUAUCGCGUCGAACGACGGCAAUGCAAGACUGAAUGCGAAUCGGAUGCUCCGAGCGAAGAAGAUCAUGGCGUACGUCGCGGAACGGAUCGAGGUGCAGAUGUCGCCCAUGACUGGUCAGGAGCAUGGUCAUGGUCAUGAUCAUGAACACAAACAUCGACAUAGUCACAGCUACGAUCUCUUUCAUCGGCAUGAACAUGGACAUGGACAUGACCAUGACCAUCAUGAGCAGAGUCACGUUCAUGAGGAGGGCCGAGAGCAGCACAUCGAGGGUAACAGCGAGAAUCAUCAUGAGAUGGUAGAGGCAGGAAAGGAAGACGAGCACGCGGAGAAGGAGAGGGAGAAGAAUGCCGAUGCUGAUGCCGAUGCCGAUGCCCAUGUUGAUGCUGCAAAGGAGGAGGACCAGUUGAAGCCGGAGGAGUAUCUCGAGCUGUACUGUCAAGGGCAGAAAGUUGAUCCGAACACGACGCUGGCGACGCUGCGUGUGCAUGUGUGGCGGACGGGAGGUGAUGUCGUGCUGUUUUAUAAAAGUAAUGGGAAGAAGAAGUUGAGGUUGUCGCAUCCCGCGGCGGUACCGAGUCGUGAGGAGAGUGAAGAGGCGACGGGGGUUAGUUAGAUUACCUUUGGGUGCUUCCAGGUCGGUACCUAAGGUUGGUACCUAAGGAUGGUAGUGAAAGUGUCGAUGUCGAAGAGAGGAUGCGUGGAGAAGCAGAGCCUAGGGGCUAGGGACCGAUGGCAUGGGAGAAGUGGAAGGUCUAAGAGUCAGAAGUGUGGUGUUCUGUCGAGCUCGACGUCGAUGCGCGCGUAGUGGUCUCCGUACAUAAGAUAGUGUUGUAUAUCGGGUAUAAAAGUAUAGUGUAGUUAUUUAUACGGAGUACUUGCGUGUGGUCGGGAGUCACGUCGGAAUAGUACUGAUGGAAUGGUAUGCGAUGUACUCCGUAGUGAGGUUAGAUAAGUACUAGCAGAUUUGUUCA